AUGGCCGCACUCCCUGAUGACGUCUUCUCCAAAUUGUGCAACAUCGCCCUCGAGAAGUGCCACGAUAAGGAGGAGAGGCGGAGGGCCGGAUGCGGAGGACAAGCCAUGAGGAAACGGGUACUCAUCAAGAACUUCGUGGCCGACCUCCUGAAGGCUCAAAAUGAGCGACGACGCCUCGGCUCAAUCUCCCCGAUCUCGUCGGACGAAGAGGAGUGGGACGAGUACGAGGAGGACGAGGAGGAAGAGGAGCAACUCCAUCAACAUCAGCACACCCAAGUCGAUCAUCACCUCGAGGUUGACGAGGAUGAAGAUGACGAGCCGGUGCCGACCCCCCUCCCGCCUCUGGCCCCUCCACAAGCCAGAAGCUUCGUCGACUCAGACCCGUCAUUGUCUUCGCUAUUCCCUGACUACCUCGAGACUGCCCCCGAUUCGAUCUCGGUGGGUUGUGAGCAGACGAAGCUCUCAUCCGAGGACCGUCUCUGGGUCUACGAUGCCUACGGUAGCGAGAGUGAGCAAGCGUACGCUCCUGCUGAUGCUGUUUGGCAUCACCAUCAUCCUCAAGCCGUCGAGGGGUGGACCAUCUCUUAUGAUGGAGAGGAGUGCACACCGUAUGACCAGCCCCUCUACGUCGACCCGGGUCAGCUGUGCUUCAGCGAUGAGCUCUAUCCACAGCGCCCAAUCGAGGGCCAUGACCAUUUCUUUUUGUCGCUCUCCGGAGGGCAUCUGGCUGAGAUGAAGAGCUAUGCCGUCGAACUCCCCGAAGACGUCACGGCCGACGGUCGUGAGGUUGCCCCCAACAAGCGCUCCGCUUCCGGUGAAGCCCACGAAGCCCCCGCCAAGCGCGCCAAGCUCAUC